AUGUGUAAGAAGAAGGAAGAUACAUUGACCCGUGCAGAGUCAGAUUCUGACUCUUUCUCGCCUUAUGACGAGGAUAUCAGUCGCUUCUUUGACAAGGCCUCCGGCUUUACCAAGAAGGUUGUGGGGCACACCUUCGAUUUGGCUAGUGACUUGCCCAGUAUGUUCAAGGAACAGGAGGAGCACUUCAUGGAUAGGUUCAUGAACAGGCCAUACCAGACCCGCGAUAAAGAUUUGGACUCCGACAGAAGUUUCCAUCCAUUUGGUAUGGCAUUUGAUGCUCUUGAUGUCUUCGGAGGGUCCAGUGGCGAUACACCUUUCGGACUUUACUCCUACAAGAGUCCUUCAGUCAGAAAGUACAACGAAUGCAUGCGCAAGGAUGGCGAGUCCGUCUGGGACACGGAGGGAUACUGGCGCUGCUUGUUCCCCAAUCGUGAGAUCCCCAACAAGCUCUUGAACUACAAGAAGAACCACUUGUCAGGGCACAUCUUGACCAAGGAGGAUUUCAACGAGGCAAUUCAAGAGCACCCUGGCGCUGACAAGAAUGGAGUUAUUGAUUUGGGCCCCAAGGGUAUGUUCUUCCGUGAAUUCAAUCGCUACUUGAAUUGGAAGAACCACUUAUACGAGGAUGUCAGGAGGCAGAGGGAGGAGUCCAGACGGAAUCUUCGUGAAUCAAUGAGAGCUGCUAACCCAUUCACUCCUGAGAACGAGGGCCAGGGCCAGCCUGACGAGGUGGUGUCGUACUCCACAAAGAUAUACACCAACUAUGACCGUGACAACAACAACGAGGUGAUGCACGAAACCAAGACUGAGGUCAUGGCCGACGGAAGAUCCGUCACUACGAAGCUGACGCGAACCAGGCCAAUUGGCAGCACCGAAUGGCUGGUGGCCGAUCAACUGACCGAGGAAGAUAACAAGCUGGGAUGGUUCUGGAACUCCAAGUAG